AGGCAUUCCCCGACCCGCCCGGGUCGCCAGCUGCACGGACCCUGGGCAGAUGCGCGCAGCGGCUGCGGCACAGGGCGGGGAGCGGCUGCUCGGCCCCAUCCUAAGGCAGUAGAAUGCCCAGAGCUGGUCCCUGGCUCCAGGCGCAGGCCGAGUAGGAGCUGGGCGGGCAGCCGCGUCGGGCAGGCCCUUCCAGCCGGGCUGACAGGCCGCUCUGACCCAGCCAUCAGACUCCGCUUGCGUCCUGGCAGUGCGGACCCUAGGGCAACUUUGCUGCAGUGGCCAAGCCGGGGGCGGAACUGGCCCGUACCCCUGAACCGAGCAAGCCUAGGAGCAGGUGCGCCGGCGGCGCUGUGAAGCGGCACUCAGGCAGGCUGGGCGCCGCCACCCCGAAACCUCCAAGGGAGGACCAGCCAGCCCAGGUUGGCGCUGGAGCUGCAGCGCCACCUGCAGGCCAAGGAGUCUUUUUCUGGGAGGCUGGAGCUGCAGCGCCACCUGCAGGCCAAGGAGUCUUUUUCUGGGAGGCUGGAGCGGCAGUUGCAGUGAAGUCACAGGUUCCGUGACGUCACAGGUGGGCAGGCGCACUGGUCUGUAACGGAUUGGCUUGGCCUUACCCGCGAGGCUUUGCGGUGGUCGCUUGGCUUGGCGUGGCAGUGAUCGCUUGGCUUGGCAUUUCUGGCUUAGCGGUCCUCCUUUCGCAGAUUGGAAACCGCGGGCUAUCCUGCUGGGAGGUUGUGGCUGAGGCAGUAGCUCGCUACUGAUGGCCUCCUGGGGUGGAGAAAAGCGGGGAGGGGCUGAGGGGUCUCCGAAGCCGGCAGUCUCCGCCACGAGGAAGACCCGUAGCGUCAGAAGCCAGGAGGACCAGUGGUACUUGGGCUACCCGGGGGACCAGUGGUCCUCGGGCUUCUCCUACAGCUGGUGGAAAAACAGCGUCGGCAGCAAGAGCAAACACGGUGAGGGCGCCUUAGACCAGCCCCAGCACGACGUCCGCCUGGAAGAUCUUUGCGAGCUCCACAGAGCUGCCCGGUUGGGCGACGUCCCUGGGGUGGAGCACGUCUUGGUUCCUGGAGACACUGGCGUGGACAAGAGGGAUAGGAAGAAGAGCAUUCAGCAACUAGUUCCUGAAUAUAAGGAAAAACAGACACCUGAAAGUCUUCCUCAAAAUAACAAUCCAGAUUGGCAUCCUACUAAUUUGACCCUUAGUGAUGAGACUUGUCAGAGAUCCAAGAAUCUGAAAGUUGAUGAUAAAUGUCCAUCUGUAUCACCAUCAAUGCCUGAAAAUCAGUCAGCAACCAAAGAACUGGGACAGAUGAACUUAACAGAACGAGAAAAGAUGGACACUGGAGUUGUACUUCUCUCAGGGAAUGAUACUCUCCAUGACCUGUGCCAAUCACAGCUACCAGAAAACAAAGAGAGCAAAGAAGCAGAACAAGACUUGGAGCUGACAUCAGAGGAAGAGCAAGAAAGACUUAAAGAAUGCGAAAAUAAGCAGCCACAGAAAACGUCUCAAGAACCAGAAAUGGCUAAGGAUUGUGAUAGAGAGGAUAUACCUAUAUAUCCAGUACUUCCUCAUGUGCAAAAAUCUGAGGAAAUGCGGAUUGAACAAGACAAAUUAGAGUGGAAAAACCAAUUAAAACUCGUCAUAAAUGAGUUAAAGCAGAGGUUUGGUGAAAUUUAUGAAAAAUACAAAAUUCCGGCUUGUCCUGAGGAAGAGCCACUACUUGAUAACUCUACAAGAGGAACAGAUGUAAAGGAUAUUCCCUUUAAUUUGACAAAUAACAUACCUGGUUGUGAGGAAGAAGAUGCAUCUGAAAUAUCUGUCUCAGUGGUAUUCGAGACAUUUCCUGAACAAAAAGAACCCAGUCUCAAAAAUAUCAUCCAUCCAUACUAUCAUCCGUACUCUGGGUCCCAGGAACAUGUUUGCCAGUCAUCUUCUAAGCUUCAUUUACAUGAAAAUAAAUUAGACUGCGACAAUGAUAACAAACCAGGCAUUGGACAUAUUUUUAGUACAGAUAAGAACUUUCAUAAUGCUGCAAGCACUAAGAAAGCAAGGAACCCAGAAGUGGUUAUGGUUGAAAUGAAAGAAGACCAAGAGUUUGAUUUGCAAAUGACAAAAAAUAUGAACCAAAAUAGUGACAGUGGCAGUACAAAUAACUAUAAAAGCCUGAAACCUAAAUUAGAAAAUCUGAGUUCUUUACCACCAGAUUCUGACAGAACAUCAGAAGUAUAUCUACAUGAAGAAUUACAGCAAGACAUGCAAAAGUUUAAGAAUGAGGUCAACACAUUAGAAGAGUUCCUGGCUUUGAAGAAAGAAAAUGUUCAACUUCAUAAAGAGGUUGAAGAAGAAAUGGAGAAGCACAGAAGUAAUAGCACAGAAUUAUCAGGAACCCUAACUGAUGGUACUACUUUUGGCAAUGAUGAUGAUGGACUAAAUCAGCAGAUUCCUAGGAAGGAAAAUGGAGAGCAUGACAGGCCUGCAGAUAAAACAUCUAAUGAAAAGAACGAGGUCAAAAACCAAAUAUAUCCUGAGGCUGACUUUGCUGACUCAAUGGAGCCAUCUGAAAUAGCCUCAGAGGAUUGUGAAUUGUCUCACUCUGUUUAUGAGAAUUUUAUGUUGCUGAUUGAACAACUUAGAAUGGAGUAUAAAGAUUCUGCUAGCCUAUCAAGAAUCCAAGACACAUUUUGUUUGUGUGAACACUUACUGAAACUUAAGAAUAAUCACUGUGACCAACUUACAGUAAAACUUAAACAAAUGGAAAAUAUGGUCAGUGUACUACAAAAUGAGCUAUCUGAAACAAAAAAGACAAAAUUACAGUUAGAACUUCAAAAAAUUGAAUGGGAGAAAGAGCUGUGCGAUUUGAGACUUGCCUUAAAACAAGAAAAUGAGGAGAAAAGAAAUGCCAUUAUGUUGUAUAAUAAAGAUAGUGAACAGUUAAGAAUAAAAGAAGAGGAGUGUGGGAAAGUGGUUGAAACAAAGCAACAACUUAAAUGGAAUCUGAGAAGACUUGUUAAGGAAUUGAGGACAGUAAGAAAUAACUUGGAUCUGGUUGUGCAGGAGAGAAACGAUGCCCAGAAGCAACUUUCUGAAGAACAGGACGCCAGAAUAUUACAAGAUCAGAUUCUGACGAGUAAACAAAAGGAACUAGAAAUGGCUCGAAAGAAAAUGAAUUCUGAGAUUUCUCAUAGGCAUCAGAAAGAAAAGGAUCUCUUUCAUGAAAAUUGCAUGUUGCAGGAAGAAAUUGCCUUGCUGAGACUGGAAAUAGAUACAAUAAAAAAUCAGAACAAGCAAAAGGAAAAGAAAUAUUUUGAGGACAUUGAGGCUGUGAAAGAAAAGAAUGAUAACCUUCAAAAAAUUAUAAAACUAAAUGAGGAAACAUUAACAGAAACAAUACUCCAGUACAGUGGACAGCUGAACAAUCUGACAGCUGAGAACAAAAUACUCAAUUCUGAACUGGAGAAUGGGAAACAGAACCAAGAAAGACUAGAAAUAGAAAUGGAAUCAUACCGUUGUAGACUGGCUGCUGCUGUACGUGACUGUGAUCAAAGUCAGACAGCAAGAGACCUAAAACUUGAUUUCCAGAGAACAAGACAAGAGUGGGUUCGUUUACAUGACAAAAUGAAGGUUGAUAUGUCUGGCCUACAAGCUAAGAAUGAGAUUCUUUCUGAAAAACUUUCUAAUGCUGACAGUAAAAUUAACAGCCUACAAAUUCAGCUCCAUAACACAAGAGAUGCUCUUGGAAGAGAGAGUUUGAUUUUGGAACGUGUGCAAAGAGACCUCAGCCAAACACAGUGUCAGAAGAAAGAAACUGAACAAAUGUACCAAAUUGCACAAAGCAAACUGAAGAAAUACAUUGCCAAGCAGGAAUCUGUAGAGGAGAGAUUAUCUCAACUACAAAGUGAAAAUAUGUUGCUUCGACAGCAACUGGAUGAUGCUCACAAGAAAGCUAACAGUCAAGAAAAGACAAUCAGUACUAUCCAAGACCAGUUUCAUUCUGCUGCCAAAAAUCUUCAAGCUGAGAGUGAAAAGCAGAUUCUUUCACUACAAGAGAAGAACAAGGAGCUGAUGGAUGAAUAUAAUCAUUUAAAAGAAAGAAUGGAUCAAUGUGAGAAAGAGAAAGCAGGAAGAAAAGUAGUUAUGAGAGAAUUCCAACAAGAAUGGACCGAUCUCCUAAAACAACAACCUACGUCAGAGGCUACCUCACGUUGUCACAUUAAUUUAGAUGAGACACAGGAUUCAAAGAAGAAAUUGGGUCAAAUCAGAAGUGAAAUUGACCUUACAGAAGCACAGGAAACUGUUCCUUCACGAUGUCUACAUCUGGAUGCAGAGAAUGAAGUUCUUCAACUUCAACAGACAUUAUUCUCUAUGAAAGCAAUACAAAAGCAAUGUGAAACACUACAGAAGAAUAAGAAGCAGCUGAAACAAGACGUAGUAAACCUCAAAAGUUAUAUGGAAAGAAAUAUGUUAGAACGUGGUGAAGCUGAAUGGCAUAAACUGUUGAUUGAAGAAAGAGCAAGGAAGGAGAUACAAGAAAAAUUAAACGAAGCCAUUCUCACCUUGCAGAAACAAGCAGCAGUAUCUCAUGAACAGUUAGCACAGUUAAGGGAGGAUAAUACUACUUCAAUAAAAACUCAGAUGGAACUCACAAUCAAAGAUCUGGAAUCUGAAAUCUCCAGAAUAAAAACUUCGCAAGCCGACUUUAAUAAAACCGAAUUGGAAAGAUACAAGGAACUCUACCUAGAAGAAGUAAAAGUUAGAGAAUCCUUGUCAAAUGAACUCAUUAGAACUAAUGAGAUGAUAGCAGAGGUCAGUACGCAACUUACUGUGGAGAAAGAGCAGACCAGAUCCAGAUCUCUAUUCACUGCUUAUGCUACAAGGCCAGUCCUAGAGUCACCUUGCGUUGGAAAUCUUAAUGAUAGUGAAGGUCUCAACAGAAAACAUAUUCCAAGAAAAAAGAAGUCUGCUCUUAAGGACAUGGAGAGCUACUUGUUGAAGAUGCAGCAGAAGUUGCAAAAUGAUCUAACUGCAGAAGUAGCAGCUGCUACUAAAUAUGAACCUGGAUCCUAUAUAGCUUCUCCUCUAGGAUUUACACACAAGGAAAAUCUGAAUCAAGAUCCAGUUUUGGAAGUAACAAAAGAAUAUGCACAGAUUUUAAGAAGAAAAUACAUACUCUGAAAGAUAAGGCAAUUUUAUUUGGGCUAUUCACAUGAUAUUUUGUUUCCCAUUAAAUAUAUGAUGUGAACAUUUUUACUAAAGGGAAAUAUUCUAUAUUAUACAUGUCUGAUGAAAAUUUAUAUAGUAUUUUAAAUAAUGUUUCUUGGCCUCUUCAGCUAACUUUUAAGUGGAUUUUGCAAAUGAAAACCAGUAUUACUGAGUUUUACAUACUCGAACUGCCCAAAUGUUAGCUGUUUAAACAGCCAAAUAAUCAAGUUGCCAUUAAUAAUUUAGUGGAGCCAAUUGAUGGCUUGUUUGUAUUUUAUAAUUUUAUCUUUAUACAUAGUGAUAGAUUUAAGUUUAGAUAGACAUCAUUUUGGUAUACUGGUACUGUGGUCAUUGUCAAUGUUUGGAUGUAUUACAAUUGUUAUAGUGCAGUCAAACUUAGAUAAUUUUAAUUUUAAGCACUGAUUUAUUUACAUCUUUCCUUGUGGAAAAAUAAGGUUUGCCUAAGGCUUUUUGCUUUUUUAUUUAUUGUUUCAUUUCUUUAUUAGAUUAACUUUUGGGAAACAGUCUUAAAAUUGGAGAAAAUUUCCACAUUUUAGGAAAAACAGCUUGCCCCCUGUGGGCCAUUUGAGAGUAAAUUGCUGACAUUAUGCCAUCACAUCUGGUAUGUGGGUAUUCCCACAAGUCAGGACAUUUUAUAUAACUACUUCAUAAUCAGAAAGUUAACAUCAAUACACUUGAUCAUUUCAUUCUCA